AUGACGGGAAGUCGUCGGAGACGGGAGAAUGUGCGGGCACUGGCCAAUGCGCACGUAGAGAAAGCCCUGGCUUCGGGCCAGCCGCACCCGGGCUCGCCGGCGGCAAGACGGGCGGCAGGACGGACGGCGCUGACAUCCGACUCGGCGGGGCUGCGGCGGCGACGGGGCGGGCAUAGUGGAAGCGGAAAGGGAGCAAGCAAGGGCAGGGGCGGCCAUAAGGGUGCGAGCGGUCUGCUGCGGGUCCCGCCGGCAGGGCCGGAGCAGCACGGGCCAGAGAUGCCGGAGGAGAGCGCCGAGGGCUUACAGGGCCGCGAGGCGGCGAUCUUCCGGCUGACGGCGGCAGAGGUGAAGCGGCAGGAAGAGGAAGAGACGACCCAGAGCAGGAUGCGGACGUUGCUGCCAGACUCGUCGCUGGCGCUGCAGUCGACCCUGAUCGAGGAGGCACAGGCCGAGAACGACCGGGUCGACUACGAGCUUGACAUCAAGAAGAACUGGUUCCACAUGCAGAUGAAGCUGUUUGACGCAGAGCUUGCGGCACUCAACGAGUCAAAGCUCAAGCUGCUGAAGGAGAUUGAUGCGCACCAGUCGUUCAUUGAGAACAAGAAGCGCAAGACCGAGCAGGACCUCGAGCUCGCCCGCAAGCGCAUGACCGAGCGCGAGGAGAUCGAGGCCACCAUUGUGACGCUGCAGGCGACACUGGCAGCGCUCAAGGAGCGUGAAGCCGAUCAGACCAAGGCAUUGGAGGCGCUCAAAGGCUACGACGAGUACCUCAAGUCGUUCCUCCGGCAGGAAGGCGCACAGUAUUUGCUGGCCUCGUCGUCAGACGCGUACUCGGACGGGACUCAGGCCAUUCUCAAGCGGUACGAGACGCUGGUCCAGACCCAGGCCACGCUGCUGGCCGAAGUCGAGCGGGCUGAGGCAGAGAUUGAGAAAAAGGCGGCGGCUCUGGCGGCCGAGCGCGAGCACAAGGACUCGACCGUCCUAGUCCUCACCACCCAGCUCCUCUCGCUCCACUUUGAGCUGGAAAAGCUCCAGUCAUCCGGCACCUCGCUCGAGUCUGCGCAGCAGACGGUCGACGAGGCGUCCAAGGCGCGGUAUCGGACGCUUGGCGAGAUCACCAUGGCCAUCGACAACCUCUACACGCUUGUUAUGGAGCGGCAGCACCGCAAGAAGCGCAUUAUCCCGCUCGGUGUGAACAGGACCCAGGCCGAGGCCAACGCCGCUGCCUCGGCCCGCAUCAAGCAGCAUGUCGAGGCCUCGGGCAAGGCGCACGGCCACUACCUGCACAAGCUCGACGUCAUCGAGAAGAUCAUCAUCUUUUACACCGAGACCUUUUUCCCGCACAGGCUCCCUGACGGCUCGCCGGACUUUUCGCGGCCGACCGCACGAGUCGCGCCGUCGGCCGCGCACGCUCCGCUCAUGGCUGCAGGGUUUUCCAAUCUUCCAGGCAUGGAUGCCUAUGCUGCGGCGCUGCUUGGGGGUGGCGAUGACGUCCACGGCUCGGAGCCCGGGGGCGGGGGCGGCGGGGGUGGCGGCGGCGGAGCCGGUGGCUCAUCAGCAGCCGGUGGCUCGUCGGGCGGCGGCGGCGGCGGUGGGGUGUCGGUGUACGGUUCGCUUUUGUGA